AUGAGUUUUGCUUCUAGUUUGAUACUAACACAUCUAACAUGCAAAGCAGCAAUCAUUCUGGCCGUGACCCGAAUAGCGUUUUACUGGGUCCCAGGGCUCCGACACAUAGGUCGUGGUCUUGACUGCAUUAUCAGAUAUUGCAGCAGUACUAGUAGUUCUGAUGAAUAUUCAACCACCACUGCAUCGCAAUUGUUGACGACGAUGGCUCAUUAUUCAAGACUCCAUGAUGAUGAUGUGACGACCUAUGAAGAGAUGGUUGCUGAUGGAAGAUUAGAAAACUGUAAAACAUGUGCAGUGUGUUUGAAUGAAUUGACGGGAAAUGAUAAGGUGAGAGAGCUUAGGAAUUGCUGUCAUGUUUUUCACAGCGAAUGCAUAGACAGAUGGUUCAACCACAACGAUCAGAAGACUUGCCCUCUGUGUAGGACUUCAUUGUUACUGCCCAUUAUGUCAGUGCCAUUAACGACCUGUGCCACUGCAGGUAAAUCCGAGCCCAGCUGGGCUGUUGAGCGAAUUCUCUAUCUCUUCGGGGACGAUUUACUUUGA